AUGCCGCCCGACAAUUCGCACCGCACGAGCUUCAGCGAGCUGGACGUGCUGGGCAGCGUGCCGGUGCCGUCGACGUCGGUGGACGUGUGCAUGCACGACGGCUUCGGGCUGAACAGCGGCAUCACGAUACAAGGGGACGGGGCACUGCUGGUGCAUGGGGAGGCGUUUGCGUGGCGGCCGUGGGAGGCAAGUGGGAAGAAGAGGCUUGUCAACGACAAGGGGCAGUUUGAGCUCCCGGAGGAGGCGUUUGGGCUGUUUGACGUGCUGUGGCCGCGACCUGAUUUGUUGAUUAUUGGCGUGGGGAAGCACAACCUGCCGCUGAGUCCGCGGACGAGAGAGCACGUUUCACGGCUGGGGAUGAGGGUCGAGAUGCUGGACACGCGGAACGCGGCGGCGCAGUUCAAUCUGCUGGCGACGGAGCGAGGAGUGUCGGAGGUUGCGGCGGCGUUGAUACCCAUUGGCUGGGAGGAGGGAUUGGGCGUGGUUUCAUGA